AAGCCGCGCGUGCGUGGGGAGCUAGUAUAUGGUCAGUUGUAUUUAAACAGGAUACACGGACACCUAUACGAAGCCGCCGUGCUGCUAAAGCUAACCUUAGCUAGCUUUGAGGCAUUUCUCUACCAACGCAGAAUCCGCUGACUCUACAAUCAAAGUCUUUCAAAAUGAGUGCGGCUGCCUCCCAAAAAGUUGUCCUGAAAAGCACCACCAAAGUGUCCCUAAAUGAGCGCUUCACUAACAUGCUGAAGAACAAGCAACCCACUGCGGUAAGCAUUCGAGCCACCAUGCAACAGCAGCAUUUGGCUAGCGCCCGCAAUCGUCGGCUGGCCCAGCAGAUGGAGAACCGGCCUUCGGUGCAAGCCGCUCUGAAUCACAAGCAGAGCCUAAAGCAGCGACUGGGGAAGAGCAACAUCCAAGCCCGGCUGGGUCGGCCUGUUGGGGCUCUGAUGCGUGGAGGACCUCCAGGAGGCAGAGGAGGAAUGCGCGGGAUGAACAGAGGAGGUCUUCGGGGACGAGGCAGAGGAGGCGUAAUGAGGGGAGCUCUGUCCCUGAGAGGGAAGCGAGUUUCUACAGGUGGGCCCAUGCGAGGCCGUGGUUCUGCCGGUCGUAUGGCGAUGCGUAGAGGAGGCCGCCAGCGUGGUGCAGGUGUUGGAAGAGGAGGAGCUCUGUCCCGAGGAGCAGCUCGAGGAAUGCCCAGAGGUCGCGGGGGGCUGCGUGGACGUGGCGGUUUUGCUGGGCGACGUGGACGUGGCCGAGGUGUCGGUAGACCGGCUGUUACUCGCGAGCAGCUGGACAACCAGCUGGAUGCCUACAUGUCAAAGACUAAGGGACAUUUGGACGCAGAACUGGAUGCCUACAUGGCCCAGGCAGACCCUGACUCUAUGGAGUAAAGGACUGUGGACUGAGCACACAGAGGCGCUGAAGUUGGACGAACAGUGUAGUGUUGAUGUGCUGAGAAAUGAUUGUUAAUUUAGCUGAAAGUGAUGACACUUUAGGUGGCACCCAGUAGCGGUCUAAACAAUAUUGUGUGGGUCACUGCUCGGUUGUGCAUCGACCCGCUCGUUCAGAGCCCUUUUAAUCCUGGAGGGACUUCUUAUGCAUUAACAAACCCUGCUGUUUCUAGACUUCUGUGUCCAAGACGGGUUUUUUCCGUUGUCAUUUUUUUUAUUUAUUUUUUUUUCUCCAAAGGGACAAACUGUCAAAAUUUUACAUUUGUUGAAAGCAGUUUUUAAAUGUGCUUUUCUUUUAAACAUUUGCCUGCUCGAAUCGUGGGAAUUCAGAAGUUUUAAGCAUCACUUUGUUUGCCGUUUGAUGACAGUGAAAUGUUCUAGGUGAAAUUUGAAUUAAAGUGGAAACUAUUUCCUUAAUUGUGUCAAAUGUCUGAGUUUUAAAUGUGCAUUCACAUCCAAGAGCUGGCUGUCUUUGAAUGGUGUUUUUGUAGGAGGGGGGGUUGAUGCUUUCACUUCUGCUGUUUUCACAAAGUAACUUUGAGGAUGCCAUGUUCAUUUUGGGCCGAAGAUGGCUUUGUUGCACCAACAGAAUAGUUCUCAUGAGUCUGUGGGGUAUCUAAUGAAGUCAGAGGACUUAGUGCCACAAAAAAUAAACAACUUUUGGAAAAACCUUGUUUGUUUUUUUGUUUUUUAAUGAAACUGAAUUAUUCCCAAGUCUUUCACUUUGCCCUCUUUGAGGUUUUUUUUGUAAAAAGAAAACUACAGUGAGUUUCUGGAGUUUGGAGGCUCAGCAUUUCUCUCAGCUUGUACUUGGGUGCAGUCUUUGAUCUGAAUAGUUUGUUGUGACUUGAUUGGAUUUUAGAAUCUUAUUUCUUCAUUGUUCAGCUGUGUUUGGUUAAUUUUCUGCGAUGAAUUUUAAUGUAGUUCCUGUUUUGUUUAGAAAUCGUUCGUGUGUCAACACAAAAUGUUAGCAGUUUAAGUAUGCUUGUAGGUAACAUUCACAAAGGUAGCAUGGUUUGGCACUUAAUUUUACCGGUCAGAGUAUUUUUCUAGCUAAUAUUCAUAAAAGUAGGACAAUUUGCUACUGAAUUUCGUGUUGUGCGCAUGCGCAGAAACAACGGGUAGGAUGGAUUACCAGAACACCGGAUCAAUCCAAAGAUUGAUAAUGCUGAUACCACAUUGGUAUCAGAUGGUUGCAUAAUGCGAUCAGUAUUUAAAUUUGCAUUUAGUACUGUUGCUGCUUCAUCCGAAAGUGGACGUCUCUGUGCUAAAAGCACUUGUCACGUGUCUUGCAUAUUUUGUUGCCAAGCCCUCAAAUGAAUGAGGCUGAGCAGACGCGUCACGCAUGUAGAACGCAGUGAGUGAUGGCAGACACAAAGGAGCAUCCCGUGGAGACACAAACACUAGAAACUUUGCAGGAAGGCUAUUUGCUAUUGUGACACCAAUUUAUACAAACAAGAACACUCGCGAUAAACACAGCUGCUUUGUACAUUAAUAGUAUGGGCUCUUGCUAUCAGCGACGCUGGAACUGUAUUUGCUUAGCAUCGGAUCUGCAGCGUCGCGUGAGUAGGUGUCGAAAACCGGUUUCGAGUGACGUAACACUUGCUAUAAAGGGCUUUGCGCCGGGUCUCGAGUUCCUUUCUCUGCGGUCCGUCAUGCGAGGACGAGAGGAUGUGAUGGGGAGCAGUGGCUCUACAGUUCUUGCUGCUGCGAUGGUGCAUGUGGUGUCGCAGACGACGCUUCAGUCCAACUCGGUUUUCCUCCUGACCUGACUUUCUGCACUGAGGCAGCAGUGAACGGUUUCUGCUGCCACAACUGAUCAUGUCCUGAUCCAAGGUUUCAACUGCAGUAAUGAAGCAGGUUGUGCCAAAAUGUUGCUGCCACACCUCAUUCCCCUGUAAGUGUCAACAUGUUUCCCACGAGGUGCAAGUGACAAACCCUCUAUGGUUAGGAGGAAGCAGCAGACUGUCCAACUGAAGACGCUGAAAUAAAUCAAGUUCAAAAUCUGAAGGCUGUCCUGCCUGCAUGGAAAGGAUUGCAGCUGAUCGCUCAGCGGAUCAGUGAUUCCUGAGAGGAGACGGUUCUCCAGGCUGACGCUGGCUUUGGAGGAAACGUGUUGUAACCUUUGCAAAUGAGGAUUUAAUAAAGGAUGUCUUGUUACAGCAAA